AUGAAAUUUACUUCUUUUAUGAAGAAAAUUUUUAUCUUUAAUGUAGUCAUUUCUGUUUUGAAUAAGUAUGUAAAAAGGGAACCCCGUGAUUUUUCCUUUUUUAUAUAUUCUUUAAAAACAAAGGGUUUUAAUAAUGCAGAUUUUAACAACGGCGAUGAAUACACGGGAGACACGAGUGGCGGUGGUGGUCAGGGAGGAGAAAACGUGAAUAAUGCACCUCUUACAAACGCUGCGGGGGAUGACACGAGCAGCACUACCGUUAGUAGUAGCGGUGGUGCUGUUGGAAGCGGCAUCCCUGUCAGCAUCAUUGCCAACAAAAUAAGCAGCAUAAGCCAGCUAAAUGCAGCCAUCACCAACUUUUUUUCAAGCACGCUGGCGGAGGUAAUUAGAAAAAAACAGGAGAAAGGAAAUCACCAAAAUGACCAGAAAAGGGAAAAUGAAGCGGUAGAAAAUAAAAGAAUUCCAAUAGUACAUACCUCCAUCGAUGAUAUUAAAAAAUUUUACUAUGUGAAGGGGAAAUUGAAAUUGAUCUACGUCAGAUCUUUCUACGAUAAUGAUGGUGAUGAUAACAACAAUCUCAAAGAGUUAUAUGAGGCAAAGUUCCAAUUUUACAAAGACAAAGUAGUUUAUGUUACGACCUUUGCUUUGGUAAAAAAUUCACUAAGCGAAAAUAUUAACCAAACAGAAAAAUGGUUCAAUGCCUCGAUGAAGCUUUUACAAAAAAAUUAUUAUAAUGUAACCCUAAGGUGUAAUCCCAUAAUGGAAACAUCCUAUGGAAGCAUUUCAUUUAGCGCACACGAACUCAAGCGGUUUGAAGCAUUAAGAAAGGCACUGAAAAAAAGGGUAAACAUGACACAUGACAAUCUUUUUUACAACUUGGAUGUAUUUAAGAGCGCCAAGAGGAAAUACCUCCAGUACAUGAAUUACAGUUUUGUGGAUCCUAAUUUUAUGAGCAACUUAGAUGCAAAGGAUGACCAUUCAGAUGUUACGGAUGCUUUCGAUCUAGAGGAGGAUCUUAUGAACAGUUUAAGUCCCUUCGAUAAAAUGAAAUAUGUGUCCCACACGAGAGUCAAAAAUAGUCAUAACAUAGUGUGCAACCUUGAGAAAGACCUUAAGAAGGUGGAAGACCGAUUCAUCGUGUACAAUUUGAUACGAGACAACAUAAUCGAAUCGGAAGAAACUACCGAAGUGAUCAUUUUUGAGACGAGCAACAAUGGAAUAUUCACCUACGAUGCUAAACAUUCCAAAGAAAUCAACCUGUUAAGUAACAACUUUGAAAUAGAAAUUAUGAUGGACAGUAACGCAUUCGUAAACGAACAUGAUAAGUACUUCUACUUAAAUAAGUAUGAUCCUGUGCACUUGGAGCUCCAAAAUAAGGGCAUAAUAAAAUAUGAUUUUAUUUACUCCUGGUUAUCUACCUACUUCAUCGAUAGUCAUAAGUAUAAAUUCUUUUACCCCUCUUUUUAUCUGUCCAAACAGUAUGACAAUUUUGAUAAUGGGUUAUAUGGGGUCAAUUUUUACACCCCUCAAUAUUAUAGUUUCUUCGAGAAGGUACAAAGUAGUUAUGCGCACUUGGACCGUGAGAAGAGAGAGGUGGAUAGUGACGUGCCAUACGAGGAAGUAAGCCAGGGGGACCCCACAAAGAGCAUUCGUAACGAUAACAGUUUCUCCUUUUUUGAGUUAAAGACAACUCUACAUAAUGAGAACGUUGGAAGGGGGAGUUAUGGAAACAUGCCAGGAUAUUAUCGCAACAACGGGAUGGAAGGAGGAAGUAACCAAGGCAAUUUCGCCUACGGUGCUAACAUGAAUCCGAACCAUAUGGGAAGUAGAGGUCCUGAAAGAAAAGGGAGAGAGGAGAAAAAUGCUUAUGAUCCUUCACAUGCCUCCUUUUACCCUCCGGGUAUUAGACACGGUGCUAACGAUAUGGGCUUUAACAUGAUGAAUGCCCAGACAGGCAAAAGAGGAAAUGACGUGCCAUAUAAAAAUGUUAAUGUAAAAGAUGCGAAGGGAAGAAAAGAUGCUAAGAAUGAGGCAGGAACAGGUGACUCCGGUACCUCCUAUCUUGGCAGUGUCUUUGGAUACAUGAAAAAAGUAAAAAAUAUCAUUUACGGGGAUGAGGAAAAUGCGUCUACCAGCGAUAGUUCUCAUAAAACUUUUGAUAAGAACCAAAAACCGAAGAUUCCGCAACAAGGUACGAACACGCAUAGGAAUCCCAUAUUUUUUAGCUUCACACCGGAUGACGCAUUGGCGCCCCAGAAAAAACCAUCCAACGAGGACAUUCAGAAAAUGAAGUCCAUGUACAUAUCGAAGGAAAACCUCCCGCCAAUGGAAGACCAAGCCAGAAAAACAUUUCCCUCCAUGGAGGAAUCGAAUAAAUACUCUAAAGAGCCAGCCACCGAUCAGCCAAUACCCCCCAUUCCAACCAUGUACCAGGAAUAUUUGCAGCCAAAUCUCCAGUACGCGCCUGUGGAGGGGGUCCCCAAUGUAGCAGAAGGGCAAGCAGUCAUGCCGGGAUAUGAGUCCACACCAGAACAACAUCCCCCUUCAUUAAAUCUUUCCUUUCCAGCACAUCAGCCCCUUCCGGAGCAACCGGACCUACCAUCCCCCCAAAAGACCUUUGACAGAGAAUAUAGCGAAGACUUUAAGGACUACUUUGAAAGAAAGUCGAAUGAAUAUUUCGAACAAAACGAGGAAGAACCAAAUGAAAAAAAGUACGACAAAAAUGGAGAGGAUUAUUUUGAAAAAAAAACGGAAGAACAUUUUGAAAAGAAGGCAGAAGAAUUCUUUGGAAAAAAAAUGGAGACUCAAUUGGAGGAAAAUGUAUCUCACCAAUUUUAUGAGGAUCCUUUUGACAAAAUAACGGAAGAUAAGAAUAAACUAUAUGAAGAUCACAAAUACGAUUCGUUAAUCCCAUUUCUGUAUAAAAUAUUUCAUGAUAAGACACUCCUAUCGGAUGAGUUUCUCAACAGUGACCAUUACGAUAGGGACGAUUCUGAUCAAUCCUCCGUGGAACGAAGCUCAAGUGACGAUUCUAAUGAAGAUUCUUCUCCUUCACACCAUCGAUUACCCUCCUUACCGGAAGGCAGCAAUACGUUCGAAGGUAGUUCCUCUGGGGAUUCCAUCGACACUGAUAACACACAUGUAGGAGAAAACGUCGAUGAAAAUUUAAAAGACAAAAUUUAUGAACAGCAUGAAAAUUUUCCAUUGUAUGGAGACAUACUAGAAAGACACCCAAGUAGAAUAAUUGUGGGAUUGCUUCAAGAGGGGGAACAAAAUAUGUUCAUUUUGGACUGGCUAUCUGGGGAUAACAUUCUGUGCGUACUUAGAUCAACAAUCUACAAAGAGUUAUAUUACAAUAUGGUACGAAAAAAUUAUUUCAAAGUUUUGAAUAAGUUUAAAUUUGGAAGUGAUAAGGGAUUGGUCAUUCAGUCUAGUGAUACAAAGGGGGUAACCCUGAGUGCGGAUUUUUAUCCUCAUUUUUCGGCAAUAAAAUUUUUUUUUAAUGACAAAAGUAAUGACAACUUUGAGAAUGAACUUAAGUCGUAUCUGUUGAUUAUCCACUAUUUGCUAAAUUCAUACAGUAGUCCCUGCAAGGAUUACAAAAAUGUUAAAUAUUUUUACAAUGGCGAUACGUUCAAUGUGACUCACUUAAACUUCCUUAGUGAGAAAUUACUUGGGCUACUCUCCGAGUGCGCCUUGGAAACUAUGAAUUGGGACAUCCCCACAGGAAUAAUAAGAAAAAAUGAAAAUGACAUAAAUAGGACAAUUUUCAAUAGAGCCUUAAAAGAUGUGAACACAAGUGUGCAUCACUAUGCGUUCAAAUGCAGAAUGAUAAACGGAAAGGAUGCAGUUCAAUUUGCUAUGAACAAUUAUACCAUGUUGGAAGACGAUUACAACGUUAAGUAUGAUUUUUUUCUUAACGUUACGUCUAGAUUGUUCUAUUUGCACGCUGUAGGUCUGGUCCAUGGGAAUAUCAAGGCAGAUAAUUUUUUGAUUCAGGAGAACGAAGAGGAUGAUAAGCAUGUAAAGGUCCUUCUAAGGACAUUUAACGAAACUGUGGAAGAGGGUGGUUAUGGAAAUUUCAAAGGAAGCGCAAUUUACGCAGCUCCGGAAAAAUUAAAAUCGUACUUCAAUACCAUCACGUAUAAUUUAAAAAGUGAUGCUUUUUCCCUGGGAUUGAGUUUAGCUACUAUAUUUACAAAAAAAAAAUUUGUGUUGCAAAAGGUGGAAAGAAAGUUAACUUAUCCCGUGGAUAAAUACAUCCUCAGUCUCAUUAAAAGAAACCCCAUGGUGCUGCUAUGGAUCAAAUCGGUUAAUCCAUUUUUACGGAAACGACUAAGUAUAUUUAAAUUUAGAUCCUAUUUGAAAGUUAGCGUGCAAGAACUAGAGAGAAGACUGUCCGAAAAAAGUGUCUACAAAUGGUUUGACGACAAAUUCCAAUUUAUUAAUUACGAGGAGGAAGACAAUAUGCAUGCUCUUUUUACAAAAGCGGAAGGGAGAAAUGUAUCCGGAUCUAGCACUAAUUCGUUCAAAAUGAAAGCCAAAGAACAGCACAAAGGUUUGGACUCCUGUUUUUUUCGUUACACUCAUGCAUCGAACACAGAAAAGGCUAACGAAACGCACUCGCUAAAGGACUCCUACUCCUUUGAUAUAUUCAAGGGAGAACCUUCAUCUAGUGACGAGGAAGGUGUUUCUUUUUAUCAAUUGCCGGUGGGGGUAAAGCGUAUAGGUGCGUCUGCACGUCGGAGAAAACAUAGCAAUAGUAGCAGCGAUGGUAGUAGCGAUGGUAGUAGCGAUGGUAGCAGCGAGGGUACUAGCGAGGGUACUAGCAACGGUAGAAUCGUUCAAAGGAGGAAGCCUUACUUUUCAAGCAUUUCCAAGCAUAACUUUGGGGAAAGUUCCAGCAAAACGAGUAGGAAGUUCCGGAAAGGGAGAAACAGUGAUAAGGAAAAUAUUUACAAAAUACCAUUCGGUAAAAAUUUCGGACACGAAGUGGAUUACUCCUCUUUAGAUGCACAUAAUAGUAAGAAUUAUAUUAACGCAUGUUACUAUUUUAAAAAUGGAGUUGUGGGGACUGCCAUGAAGACGCUGUCUAUUGAAUAUGAGGCUUAUAGGGUGGACGUGUUUGACAUGUAUCUACUUAACAAGGCGAAGUUAACCUAUUUGGUAGACAAAGACGAUAACGUGAAAAAUUUAAUGUCCAUUUUGCAAGGUUUUUCCACUCCAGAUUGUAGAGUAAUAUUGAAGGACAGAAUAUAUGACAAAUGGUACAGCGUUCGAAAGAUGGUUCUUCUAAAAGCUUUGCUCUUUUAUGGAUACUUUAGCCUCCACGAGAGAUUAUCAUACGAAUUUAAACUAUACGAAUUGCAGAAUUUUCCCCUCAGUGAAGAUAAUAGUGAUACUUUCGAAACAGUUGUGAGGAGAUGUAUGGAGAGGGAACACUUUAAUGAAUUCAGUAACUUACUCUUGGCUCAGUACAUCUAUGAUAAUUACCACGAGGGGAAUCAAUACACAAGCAUAUUCAUAAAUUUCUACUCCGUAAACGAAACUGUGUACAGUAUAGACACCAACAUGGUAACUAGUCUGAUGAGACGGUACAUAAAACAAAGCCUUAGCAAAAUUGACUUCAAAACUGCGGACAAUUUUUUACUCUAUAUGAAGAGAAAAGAAUUGUACAGGGACAUGGAUGAGAUCGAAUUGGCGCCACUAAAAAUGGACAAGUCAAAUUAUUUCGAUCUGUACGAGCAGAAAGUCCCUCUCAUAAAUUCAUUCGUCAUAAAAAUAGACAAAUAUGUAAUCAAAGAUAUGAACAUAAAUUUGGCCGUUCUUCUAAAUAACGCCUUUUGGGGAAUGAAAAAUAAAUGUAAGAGCGUCAAUUAUACUCAUCUGCAUGUUAGAAGCGGAAGAAGCGAUUUACCACAUGGACAUGUAAGUGGAAACCAAAUGAUAGAUUUGCACCAACCUGUGGGUACUGUGCUGAGGGGAAUUAUUCCAAACAAUUUUGAGAUGGAGGAUAACCCAAAUGAUCUGCUCUCCUGGCGCACAUUCAAACCGAGCAAGAUCCACCUAGAUGUUGUCCUUCGAAAUGGUUUACACUUAAUAGACAGAAGUACACUAAUAGCUUGCUCGAAAAGGCUAAGUAAAGUGGCACCUUUGUAUUCCCCUAACAUUACAAGUUCUCAAAAAAGCGAAAUGAUGAAAAUUAAAGUGGGACUGGGGUCAUCAAAAUAUUUUUACUUAUCUUUUAAUAUAUCUUUGCUUAGAUCAAAGGAAAUAACCUUGAAGAAUGUAAUUUAUUUUAUAUACAAAAAUUAUAAGUCGCAACUUGACAAAAAUGUCACGUACAGCAAUGUAGGAGGAAAGAACAGACGGGCGAAUUUCAACUGCCUCGCGAUGAGUGAACACAACACCUUUUUUUACAAUAAUGUCACAGGGAAUCUGAUCAAAGAAAUUUCCCUCAAUAGAGUCAUCUCCGCUUUGUACAAUGUUGACCUGAUGGAGCCCUCUUACGUUAUUAAGUCCGCCCUCAAUUACUAUAACAAUAGGGGAAACAAUUCCGUCUUGUUGAGGCUGGUAACUAUUUGUAAUUCCGUUCGUGAGAGGAGGAAGGGGGGUAAUGCGAGGAAGUCGGAGUUCGUUUUGGAACCGUCGAAUGGGGUGUAUUCGGAUGGGGAGGGACAAACUAGGAACGGAGAACAGGUAGAAGUGGAACGGACAAACGAGGAAAGCACAGACGCGGAAAGCGCAGACGCGGAAAGUGCAGACGCGGAAAGUGCAGACGCGGAACGUGCAGACGCGGAACGUGCAGACGCGGAACGAAUAGUUGAGGAACACACCCACGAUGAAGCCACAGGUCUUGAAGAGCCAACUGAUGAGCCCACAGAUGUGGAACCCCAAAACAGUGAAGCCACAACUGAAGAACACACACAAGACGAAAUUACAAAUGACGAAGCGUCAACUGAUGAAACUACAGAUGCUGAAUCCCCGAAUGAUGAACACACAUAUGAUGAACACACAAAUGAUGAACCCACACAUGAUGAACACACACAUGAUAAUGAACCCACACAUGAUAACCCCCCAGUUGUGCUCGCUCAAAACGAGUCGUCCUUUCUGCAAAGGCAAAAAAAUGUGAUAAAGGCAAUCGAUAAGGAUGGUGCCUAUCACUACGGAACCGUGGAGUGCCUGAACUUCUUACACAAAAAGGUCAUCAAUUUUUUCCAUGACAGUAAUGUGACAAAUGCGUUCGAUCAGAUAGCCAUUCCCUCGGAGUACACAUAUAUAAAUAAAAAGAAAAUGUUGAAAAAUGGCAAAUUCAAGUAUAGUACAAAAACGAUAAAUUUUAACAUCAUUUCCAAUGUGAUGAAUUUGCAACGAUAUGAAAGGGAAAUGUACACCUUGGUGGAUUUUAUGAAUUUAAUUAUACAAUGGUUGGUGGAGCAAGGACCGUUCGAUAUUAAAAACAAAUGCAACUUUUUAUCUUGUAGUAGCCACAGCUCACAAUUCGGGAUGGUCUUAAGCAUAACCACAGAAGAAAGGGAAGUCAAACAUGUUCUAUACAAAAAUGAUGAAGGUCUGAUGAAAUUUCUCUUCUAUAAUAUAUUGAAAGAUCACGAGUCAAGUCGGUACACCCCCGAGCUUAUAGCAUCCGCAAUUAAGUUAUACAAUUUGAAGGUAACCUUUUUUUUAAGGGAUGAAAUUGGCGGUAUAUUUCCAGACCUCGAAAGUUUAGAUAACCCUCCGGAAGAGGUACUUUUCAAGACACAUGUGCUAUUUAUGAAUAUGUUUUUCUUUUUUUGUGAAUCUUUUGAGUGGACAUUUUGUUCAUUCCUUUUUGUUAUGUGUGCUAGUGGGAUGACCCAAUUUGGAUAUGUUAGAGUGGGCACCCCCCCCGUUUGA